AAUGUAUAUUAUUCUUUACGAUCCCUUCUCUAUUCCAUCACCUAAUUAACAAAUUAAUAAUCUCUCAAUUAGUCAAAAGAUAUGGAUUUAAUGAGAUAAGAAUAAUUGAGACAUUUAUGCUAAGUUAAACUUAUGAAAUGAACCCAUUAUUCCAACAUUAUUAUAUUAGAAUAUCAAAAAGUGAUUAAAAUUCGCAUAUAUUCUUGCUUGCAUGGACAUGACCCAAUAAUAUGCCUAAUGUCUUUCCUUUCCCUUCUCUAUUUAACCAUAAAGAUUCUCAUUGCACACUAAUUUCCCUCCAUUAUUACCACCAUCUCCAAAAAGCAUAUAAUUCCUACUUAGCUUCAAUAACAAGCCAAAAAAAAGGAUAAAUAUCAACCCUAAUUAGAAAUAAGCCUUACCCAAUUCUCCACACUUCUAACAUUUUUGUUGCUUAUAUAAGUUAACAUCGAUUCGCCUAUAAAUCCCCAGCUAGUUCAAGUCAUUAGAGAUCCACACAAAAGCUAAGCCAAUAUGAAAUAUAGUGAGAUAUCCCACUUCAGCCACCCAAUUCACAAGCUAAGAUUUGAGUACUCAGAAGUUCCAUUCAAGUGUGAUGGGUGCAAAGAAGCAGGUAUUGGGUCACAUUACAAGUGCAACAUAUGUGAUUUUGAUCUCCAUGUCCAUUGUGCAAUACCUUCUUCUUCAAUCACUCACCCUUUCUACACAAAAUGUAACUUCCAAUUCAUGUCCAGGCCGCCAGGAGAGGUGGCGCGUUACUGCAACGCGUGCGAGCGGGAUGUGACGGGGUUUGUAUAUCACUGCAAGUCUUGUGGGUUUGAUCUCCACCCUUGUUGUGCAAAACUACCAACUGUGCUUGAUGAUGGUGAAGUGAAAUUGUAUUUGUAUAGGAAGGUUAGCGCUUCUUGUCACCGAUGUGGGAGAAAAGGGAGGAGUUGGAGUUAUAGGUCAUCAUGUAAGAAGUACAACUUACAUGUUGCUUGUGUCAAGGACAUGUUGGUGGAGAAUUGGUACGACUAUCUUGGACGAGGAAAGAGUGGUGGUAGUAUUGGUAGUAACAGGAAGUUGCAGACAAGGAUUCCAAGCUUGAAAAAUACAUUCCAAACCCAUCACCAUAAGAGCAAAGGGAAGGUUCAAAAGUGUUGUGAGAUGGCUGGUUUGGCUGUGCAGUUUUGUAUAUCAGCUGUGCUGGGUGAUCCAACCACUCUUAUUGCAGGGGUUAUUGGCUCUUUGAUCUCAAUGUCUUGAUGUAAUGCAAUGUAAGUAUCUAAAGGGAUUAUGAGAUUUAUCAUUUAUGAUGUGGGCGAUGGGUCACUUAAGGUUGAAGCUAUGAAGGGCCCAUGGCCUUAUAAUGUUCAAUUUUAUCCAAAGCUCAGCCUUCUCAUA